GGUCGGGCAACCAUCCACGAAUUGAACACUUCCUCAUGAUAUGCUAGUACAGAUGCACUCUUCAAGGCAAUCCAGAAACUUGCUUCUGCACCAUUAGCAGGAUUGCCAUAAGCCUGGAAAUAGCUGCUCUUCGUACAACUCGAAUAUAGUAUAGCACCCUAGGCAAAAAGUCGCCAUUACUCACGAUAUCCCCAACUUACCAACAGCACACACACACACAUACCUCAGCCAUGUACGGCGAAGCAGCAAAUAAGCUGGUCCAAAACGCAAAGCGCACCCUCGCCCUUCCUCAUCUCCCGCCCUACGCCUCGGAACUUACACGCUCUAUUGUACGCGAAGUACGCGACCUGGAUAAGGACGUGUCCUCUAUUCUCGCUCCUUACAGUGGCUCCUUCAAUCCCAGCGCCUCACCCGAAACCGCUUGCGCACUCCUUGUCAACCACCUCUGCAUGCGCCGCAACAAGCGAUGUCUAUUGGCCUACCACCGGGUCCGCAGUGAUAAGUUGGAAGAGUAUUGUUGGGAGGGAAUUGACGUACUCGAGCAACAGGGUAGCAGAGACCACGCCGCAGAAGCCACGAGGGGAAGCGCCCUAGGUACUGGGGGCGGAAGAGAGGAGAGUAGUCUGAGCCCAGAAGAGGAGGAAUACGUAAGACAGUACAGUGACCUCCUCGCGGCAUAUAAGGGCCAAUGGACAGAUAUCGACCUAACAGGGAGCCUGGAGCCACCACGCGAUCUCUUCAUUGACGUCCGAGUGCUCAAGGAUGCCGGUGAGAUACAGACCGAGUACGGCUCAAUAACCCUGACCAAAAAUUCCCAAUUCUACGUCCGCCAGGGCGAUGUCGAACGUUUGAUCGCACAAGGAUACCUCCAACGCCUGAGCUAAACCAGAAAAGAACUCCCUCUACCGCAACCAGCACGCUCAAGAUUCUAGAAGCUCGAUAAGACAAAGCUUCAGCAAGAUACACGAACUGUACGGUAUAGCCGAAGAGAA